GCAUGACACAAGCACGCGCUCACAACAGAAGGAUGUCAAUGGUGUGAAAAGGGUUCUGUGCUAGGAGUGAUUUAGGAGUGUAUUAGUAACGGGGUUUUGUAGUUAACAAUGUUUUAUUAUCUUUAUCGUGAAAGUGAAUUAGAACUAAAUAUAUAGAUAGGGCUUCAUAUGACGUCAGUGGUAAGACGGCGUUGCUCAAGUUUGAAAAUACCUGAGUUGACGCAUGGCGUCUUUUGUCGAGUAGGACACAUGAAGCUAUGAAGAAAGACAUGCACAGUUUUACUAUGGAAGUCAGUUUUCUAACCUGUGCAGCGGACUAUCAAUAAUAUUGGCCAAUCUAAAGAAUACGAGCGUGCCUUCAUCUAUGUUGACAAAGAUAAAUGAUUUAAAAUAAGAGACGACGCUGCAAAUCCUCCAACAACAAGUGAUUGAAACGCCUUAUAAUGAUGUAUCGUGCUUUUUGGGAUACAAUAUUCCUUCUCACCGUGUGUGAUGCUGUUGUUCCGCUGUUUUCUCAUUGCUGUAACGGUCAUGAGUCUGGCAAUUUUUGACUUUGUUGGAUCCUCAUUUUCACAUUUGGGCUCCCUUUUUACAUAUGGGCAGGUGCAAGAGAAUUCUACCUCAACAACGACCAUUGCAACCACAACAACAACUACUACUACCACUACCACAACCACCACCACCAGCACGACGACAACCACUACUACUACACGUGUCAAAAAAUUUAUAGCAGCCGCUGUCCACUCUCACUUCGAUGACUGCCCGGACUCCCACAGCCACUUCUGUUUUCAUGGCACAUGCCGCUUUCUCAUACUGGAGGAAACACCUGCAUGCAUAUGUCAUCCUGGCUUUGUGGGUAUGCGAUGCGAACAUGCAGAUCUCUUGGCUGUGGUGGCGUCUAACCACAGGCAGCAGACUGUGGCCACCAUGCUGGUGUUGUGUGUGGUGGGCAGUGUUUUACUCGUGCUGUUCUGCACUUUACUAAAUUGUUGGUGGAGACGGGGUGGUUGUGGGCGAGGUAACACCAUUUCAUGUUGGUCGAAGAAGCCUAGGAGUAUUUUGACGGGUGGGACAUCCUGCUGUCACUCAGAAACAGAAAAUGUUCCUUAUGCACAAGUGGUUUGACCUGCGUUUUCUGGAGCUCAUGCAGGUGCUCUCUUAAAACUGAGACCACAAAAUCUUCCAUCUUACUCCUGGACUUUCCUAUGACUACGUUUCUCAGACUGGCACAGCUGGUAAGCACAGCACGUAUUGAGAGCAUUUCGAUGUGGGCAGUGGGAGAACUCAUACAUGGAACUUUACAUACAGACAGACUGUGUCAUUCCAAAAAGGAUAUUUUUUGCAACAACAACAGCAAUGACAAGAGUUAAAGAUAGAGCUCAAAAACGGAGAAACUCUGAAAGAAGCACUCAGAACAAGCUAGAUGGAGCUCAACUACAGGAUCCAGUGAUGUAAAGACAGGGCCAUUUCAAAUUAGAUACAGAUUGAUGGCCACAAAAACUGAUCUGAAACUGAAAACUAUGAGAGAGGUUUUAAAGAAAUCAUUCUUACUAACAGCGCUUAUCUUAAACCUAUAAAUAUUCUGACUGAUGUGUAAGACAACAUUUUCCCUAUUUUUGUCUUUUAAAAUGUUUAUUAUAAGCAAAACACUUAUAGUAUGGCAUUAAUGGGACGUGAGACUCAUUAAAAAGUAGUUUAAUAUAUACUUUUUAACAGGGAUAUAAUAUCACAUUAUUUUCUGUAUCACAUUAAUGGAUAAAGAAUGGGAGAUAACGUUUAAGUCAGUCAGGUAGCAUAGUAAUAUUAAAACUACCACAGACUCUUUUGCCAAUUUAUUUUUAGCUUGAUCUCCUUAUAAUGUUGAUUAAAAACAUCGUAAUCUUUCAUAUAUUAACAGCAAACAUAAGACACUUUAGCUGGCUCUGAGGGACAAAUAAUAUAUUUUACACAUUAUAGCACUUUUAAUUAUUUUAAUUAAUUAGAAAUUUAAAAUGUAUGGGGGGGGAGCAAUCAAAAUUUUGACAUGUAACUUAAAGUUAUGCAUAGAUUCUCAAAUCCAACACUAUUUUCUUCAUGCACAAAAAGUGCUUGUUCAUAUAAUGUGCUGUCAAAGUUAUGUCAACAUCAGUUGGGUAAAUGGUUUGUAAACGGAGCCUCAGUAUGUUCACUAUUUUUAGUCUGCAUCUGCAUGUUCACAUAUGGCAGCCUAUGAUUGGAUGCAUGUUUAUCUGAUCACAUAAUUACACUUAUUUCACUGUGCACUUGUGUGAUGUACAUUUCAAACGCAUUGUGAAUACACUUGGGUUUUCCAUGAUGGAUGUUUGUGGAAUAACUCACUUGAGGAAUAAAACACUUCACUGUAUCCUAAAGUGCACCAUUCUCAUGUUUAUUGGGGCACACAUAUGCAUACAGAGGCUCAAAUCAUUUUAGGUUUGAUGCACAUUGUCCUUGUUAACUUAUGCUUAUAAGUCAUAUGGAAACUUUUACACUGAAAUAUUUUAAUCCUUAUGUUGAUUUUGUUUUCUUUGUCUUAUCUGUCCCCAAAAUUGGCCAAUCUCAUGUUAUACUACAAAUGUUGAUUGACCCUUAAGGGCAGAGGGUUUAUAUAUCUUUAUUUUGGAAUGUCAAAAUGUGGUGCUAGUACAAGUAUAUAAAAUAUGCCAUUGCAUGUUUUAUUUAAUUAAAACCCUUCUCGGAAUGAUUUAGUACAAAAAAACAACUGUGAUGCAAAAUGAUUUGGUUGUGUUCUGUUUUGAGAUCAUGGAGGCAUUUGAAGUCUGAUCACUGUGUAAAGAUUCAUGAAAUAUUUGAUAUAACGAUCCCAAGAGUCAUCUAAGUGUUAGCAUGGGCAACAUUUGAGUUGUCGUCUAUGUGAAUGAUUUUGAUCAGUCUGAAAGAACAGAUUCAGGAUGGCUGAUCUAUAUUUACUGAUCCUAUUAUGUAACUUUAUUAUAAACAUUUAUUAUAUAAACAAACAAAUGUGAUUGUAUAAGGAGUGCAUAUAAAAUUCCUGAGAAAUGAGUGAUUGAGAGUGGAAAGACAGGAAAGAAAAUGUAUGUAAUUGAGUGUUAAACCUCAGAUAUAUCAAAUGCAAGGUUUUUUUUUCUUUUUUGGUCUUUGCUUUGGUUAAAAAGGUAAUGUAAGCAUUGGACAUUUCAGACUGAACAGUUUUGUAACAUUCAGUCAUUGCAUAAUUUUCAGAUGUAGAAUUGCAGCCAUCCGUUAUGAUGAUGUCACACUCAUAGACUAAGAUGAAUUGGCCUUAGACUAGAGAUGAUGUUUGGUGUCGCAUCUCUUUCUUCGUUCCAAUUGAACCCUGUUUUAAACCCGGUGACUGCUUACUGACUGACAUUUAUGUAUGAUAUACUGUAAACACCAUCCGUCGUUCUCAGUACUGUCUUGUUUCAUGUUGGGAAAAAUGCUUUGUAAAUAAUGUGUGUGAAUAUUAUUUUUGGUUGUUCUGUAUUUGGAGAAUGCAAUGUUUUCUUGACUAUCACUAAUCAUCAGUCAAGCAUGAAGGUAAAAGUCAGAUGAUUCCAAUAAGACUGUUACUUGCUUGACUGUAUGACAUUUUGUUGAGUGUUAUGAGCUCUUUGUCUAAGUUUGCAUAUUUUUCCAAAUAUCACAAAGUGCAGCAAA